AUGGAGUGCAUGUUGUACCUCCGAAAGAAGGCGCGGAAGAAAAAAGUCAUGACUGCUACUACGCAUGUGAAGGAUAGCGCUACUGGACAGACCGGCAGAGUCGCUGCACUAGGUGAAAGUGGAAAAGAAGAAGCGCCGUGCGCUGCGGCGCUAGCACCGAGCAAGGUAGAAUGUUCGUUCACUCCCGUGCCUCCUCCGCAGAGCGCGACAAUGGCUCCGGCCCCGUUCGGGUCCGUUGGAGAAACGCCAAAGCCAGCCGUGACGAUGUCGGCUGGAGAUAGGGCGCCACCAUCGAGAACAACAGGGCCACCGAGCCCGUUUUCCGCCGGCAUGGAGCGAGAGCUGGACGUGUUUGUUAUGUCGCGACCCAAGGACAAAAGCGGCAUGAGUUCUGCCGUCGUGCUCGAAGCGCAGAGACGCGCCCGGCGCAGGGCCCUGUCGAUGCAAAAGCGAAAGACCGCCGAGGAGGAACGAAAAGCGGGAGCCCUCGAGUCGGCGAAGAAACCCCCAACCGUGGCGGACAUCGAGCGGCUCAAGGCAUCCCGCCGCGCGGCGCUAGCAAGAGCAGCUUCCCAGAUACAAAAGGCGAAGAGCCAGAAACAGGAGGCCGAGGCAAGGUCCGAAGGAGAGAGACAGACGAGGGAGGCCGAAGCGGCACGAAAGGCACAUGCCUUGAGGUCAGCGGCUGCGGCCCGGGGCAGCAUAGUGGCCGCCGAAAAGAAACAGCGGGAGCGACAGCUGGGGCUAGUGCGGCAGGCUGAAGCCGAGGCCAAGCGGGAGAGAGUCGCGGCAGUCCUCGCGUACGACGAGGCCCAAGCCGACGAGCGAGAGAGGCGCGUGCGAAACGAAACGUACGCGAGGAUACGCCGGGAAGAGCGGCGGCGAGAGUUGGCCCUACAGCGGCAGGAAGACGAGAGGGUCGAGAUGAUGCGGAUGUACGAGGCCGGGGAGAGAUACAAAGGCACCAGUCCUGUGGCCACAGUGCUCCCCGCUCCUGUGCCCGCGGUGCACUCCGCUCGGUCGUUUUUUAGCAUCACGGACUCGGCGUCCAUUGCCGAGACCGUUGUUGGAGACAAUGGCCCAGGGGUCGCAUCUUCCGCGUCUAGACGAAGAAAAACCUGGCGGCGAGUAGACCCCGACCACAUCGAAGAAGUCCAAGACGCGCUCGAGGGUGCAUGUAGCAACAGCGGAGGUGCCCAGGACGUGCGAAAGGCCGAGCUCGACGCCUUGAAAUCAACCCAUCACCAGCCCCAAGCGAACCAACAGGGGUCCACCCCCGCCCAGCACACCACUACCACCACCUCUCCGAGCGGCGGUGCUUUGUUGGAGCCACACCUAGCGUCAUCGCCAACAAACGCAAGACGUGCCUCCGGGUCCUCAUGUGCCCCACCGCUACCAGACGACGACAGCGGUGAAAUGGUCACCGUCAGUCGUAGGCUUAGAAAGCCUCCCCUCUUGUCGCCGACCCGACCCUCGUUCUCGUCGAGAUAUGCGAGAAGCGCAAGCGCGUCGGCCACUACCGGUGUCGCGGCAUCUGCUUACGGCAGCAGAAAUAGAAAACAAGGAGCUCUAGGAAGGAGAAGGAUAAGCACAACGCCUGUGUGGAAGCGGCCGGCGGUGCCGCUGAGCAAGCCGUACGUUCCCGUGCCGCAGAAGGACACCGGCGGCCGUAUUUCAUGAGCAUCGGGCUGAUCAUGCUCCACGCCACGCCACGCCACGCCACGCCACGGCGGCCUCGCGAGAUGUGCCUCGUCUUUUCCUUGUAUUCCGGAUCGCUGUGCCUGCCAGCGAGCACAAGCCACGCCGCGGUGCAAGUGCGCUUGUAACAGAACACGACUUCGGUGGUUAAUUUAAGACAGUGCAAGGCACGAACGAACGCGACGCCGCGCUUGCGGUCGGGCGGAUGGGCCGCCUACCGCAACAUGACAGUCGCACAACAUCUCUGAAAUCUACAAACAACCGCAUUCCGAAACCACCACAGCUUUUUUUCAGUCUCACACGACGAAGAGAAAACGGA